CCUCCCCUCCCCUCCCCUCCCCUCCCCUACGACUGCAACUCCCGUCCACUGUCGCCUUUGGUCCGAUUUCGGGUCCGCUCUCUUCUAAGAAAAGACGACAAUCCUCCUCACGAAGCUCGACCUCUCUACGAUAUCCUUCUUACCCAGGUCCGCUCGACACUGCCUGUAUUCACGAUGCUGUCCCGACAGCGCAUCCCGCGCAUCCUCGCGUCGAGGACAUCGCUUGCGCAUUCGGUUAGGUCUUUCAGCUUGACCACUUCUUCGAUACGCCCGGUCGCCGCGGCUGGGCAACAUGCCGUGACCCGGCCCCGACACGAAAGACCGACGAACCUCUCGAGUUUCUCAACGUACACUGCUCUGGGGAAGAAGAACGACAAGGGCUUUUUCGACAACUCGAUCGAGCCACUAUCAGAGGAGGAGCGCAAAGCAAACGUUGAGCACGCCGAGGCCGAGGCAAAGGAGGCCGAGUCGAAACAGACCAAGUCCAAGUCUUCGGCCUCGGAUGCCCCGGCGCCGGCGCCAGAAGAUGGAAAGGCUGGCGCUGCUGGCGGUUCAUCUGCCGGCUCAGGCUCAGGCGCAGACGGUGGUUCCGGAGACGGUGGCAAGCGCGGCCGCAAGCCCGGUGAUAAGGCAUUGGCGAAGCCCGUCGUACCAGAAAUCUACCCCCAGGUCAUGGCGAUUCCUAUAGCGAAGCGACCGCUCUUCCCCGGUUUCUACAAGGCCAUUACCAUCAAGGACCCCAAUGUCGCUGCGGCUAUUACAGAAAUGAUCAAGCGCGGCCAGCCAUACGUGGGAGCGUUCUUGUUCAAGGACGAGAACGCCGACGACGAUGUGAUCCGGAACCGCGACGAUGUCUAUGACGUCGGUGUUUUUGCGCAGAUCACCAGCGCUUUCCCCAUGAACAAUCAGAACGGCGAGGGUGCUAGUCUCACCGCGAUCCUUUACCCCCACCGGAGAAUCAAACUGUCGGAGCUUAUUCCUCCUGGCUCGCCUGAGGCUGCCUCGAUCGAUGGUGCGAAGGAGGGUGCUGCUCCUGAGCCGGUGCCUGAACCGAUCCCCAAGGUGACCGACGAGUCCGAGCAAAAGGGUGACGUGGUGGCGAGCUUUGAGGAAAGCGCUGUGACACCCAGGCCCGAAGCAAGCCAGAAGCCCUACGAGCCGACGUCGUUCCUCAAGAAGUAUCCUGUCAGUCUUGUUAAUGUAGAGAACUUGACGGAAGAACCCUACGACCCCAAGAGCCAGGUUAUACGCGCCGUUACGAACGAGAUCGUAAACGUCUUCAAGGAGGUCGCUAGCAUGAACAGUCUCUUCCGGGAUCAGAUUUCCACCUUUAGCAUGAGCCAAUCGACCGGUAAUGUCAUGGCUGAGCCAGCCAAGCUUGCGGAUUUUGCCGCUGCUGUCAGCGCCGGUGAGCCUGCUGAGCUUCAGGAGGUUCUUUCGAGCCUGAACGUGGAAGAAAGAAUGCACAAGGCUCUUCUCGUCCUCAAGAAGGAGCACGUCAACGCCCAGCUUCAGUCCAAGAUUACCAAGGACGUAGAGCAGAAGAUCACCAAACGCCAGCGUGAAUACUGGCUCAUGGAGCAGAUGAAGGGUAUCAGGCGCGAGCUUGGUAUCGAGUCUGACGGCAAGGACAAGCUCGUCGAAAAGUUCAAAGAGCUCGCCGACAAGCUGGCCAUGCCUGAGGCCGUGCGCAAGGUGUUUGAUGACGAGCUGAACAAGCUCGCCCACCUGGAGCCUGCCGCUUCCGAGUUCAAUGUCACGCGCAACUACUUGGACUGGCUCACCAACAUUCCUUGGGGCCAGAGCAGUGCCGAGAACUUUGACAUUCUGAAUGCUGUCAAGGUUCUGGAUGAGGAUCACUAUGGUCUCAAGGACGUCAAGGAUCGUAUUUUGGAGUUCAUUGCCGUUGGAAAGCUACGCGGCACCGUCGAGGGCAAGAUUCUCUGCUUCGUCGGUCCUCCGGGUGUCGGCAAGACUUCGAUUGGCAAGUCCAUUGCUCGCGCACUUGGUCGCCAGUACUACCGCUUCAGUGUGGGAGGUCUUACCGACGUUGCCGAAAUCAAGGGUCACCGCCGGACAUACGUGGGUGCCCUUCCCGGUCGUGUCAUCCAGGCCCUCAAGAAGUGCAAGACCGAGAACCCCUUGAUCUUGAUUGACGAAAUCGACAAGAUUGGCCGCGGCUACCAGGGAGAUCCCUCGUCUGCACUUCUCGAGCUCUUGGACCCUGAGCAGAACGGCUCUUUCCUGGACCACUAUCUGGAUGUCCCUGUAGAUCUGUCCAAGGUGCUUUUCGUCUGCACUGCCAACCUGACUGACACCAUCCCACGGCCCCUUCUCGACCGUAUGGAGGUCAUCCGACUUUCCGGAUACGUCGCAGAUGAGAAGAUGGCCAUUGCCGAAAAGUACCUUGCUCCUCAGGCUCAGGAGAUGGCUGGUCUCAAGGGCGUUGACGUGCAACUAACAAAGGACGCGAUUGAGGAGCUCAACAAGUCCUACUGCCGCGAGUCGGGUGUCCGUAACCUCAAGAAGAAGAUUGAGCAGGUAUACCGCAAGUCUGCCCUGAAGAUCGUUCAGGACCUCGGCGAGCAGGCCCUUCCCGAGUCUGAAGCUCUUACCGAGGAGGGUAAGGCUGCCCAGGAGGAGACGGAAAAGAAGAAGAGCGAGGAGGCCGCGUCCAGUGAGACCAGCAGCCCGAAGGCCGCCACCGAAGCUUCUGAGAAGGAGACCACGGAGAAGCCUCGGGUUGCCAUGAAGAUUCCUGAAGGCGUCCAUGUCGUUAUCAACAAGGACAACCUCAAGGACUACGUGGGACCCCCGAUCUUCACUUCUGACAGGCUCUAUGAUGUGACACCCCCUGGUGUUACCAUGGGUCUGGCCUGGACCUCCAUGGGUGGCGCUGCCAUGUAUGUCGAGUCUAUUUUCCAGAGCGCGCUGACCUCCAAGAGCGCGCCAUCGCUCGAGAUUACCGGCAAUCUCAAGACCGUCAUGAAGGAGUCCUCCGCUAUCGCCUACUCGUAUGCCAAGGCGGUCAUGGCCAAGGACUUCCCCAAGAACCGCUUCUUCGACAAGGCCAAGAUUCACGUGCACGUUCCCGAGGGCGCUGUGCAAAAGGAUGGUCCUUCGGCCGGUAUCACCAUGACCACCUCUCUGCUGUCGCUCGCGCUCGACACUCCUAUUGACCCCCAGAUCGCCAUGACUGGUGAGCUUACCCUCACUGGCAAGGUGCUCCGCAUCGGUGGAUUGAGGGAGAAGACUGUGGCGGCUAGGCGAGCUGGCUGCAAGAUGGUUGUGUUCCCUGAGGACAACAUGUCUGACUGGCUUGAGCUUCCUGAGAACGUCAAGGAAGGUAUCGAGGGCCGGCCCGUGCGUUGGUACUCUGAGGUCUUUGACCUGAUCUUCCCCAAGCUCGACCGGGAGAAGGCCAACAAGAGCCGGAUCAUCGAGGACGACAAGUCCGAGAAGGAGGAGUCCAAGAAGAAGAACGAUGACGACGAGUAAACAAAGCUGUACGGCAUGGCAUGUAAGAGAAUGGGAAUCGGCUGGCAUAGGAAGCCGAGGAUAUCAAAGCGAAAGAUAGUUGGAGAAUGGCAUUAUCAUCAUCAUCAUCAUUGGCGUUCAAAGGAAAGGAAUGGAGUGCGGGCGGCGGUUAAUAGAGAAACUAAUAACCAUGUGUUGAUCGGAAACGCAGAGCGUCUUUUUCUUUUGGUCUUGGGAACAUAUACAUUUUGCACACACACACACACCUAUCAAGGGGGUUCUUUUCUACAUAGAACAUCUUCACUCUAUCAUGACUUAUUUCAAAUAUCAUCGGUGGCAUUGUUAAUUGUUUUUAAUUAUUUUUUUUUCUUUUUCUUUUUUUCUUUUGUUUGGGUGUGUCUCACCUUUUUUUGCUUGUACAAUAUUACCGACUAGUGUAGGUAGGUAGGUAAGGAAAAGCUUGAUGUCCGGUGCUGGUUAGGUAGUACUUGCUCCUACCAAUCCCA